UAAUCCUACGUGAACUUCGGCAGGAGAAAGUUUUUGAGCGAAAACGUAGCCCUGUCUGUGUGGAAUGGAUGUAUGUUAAUCGGCCUUUGGAAGAAAAUAACUUGACAUUUUGGCUUGAUAAAUGGAUUUUAACAAAGCUUUGUGGCGCUGUAGAAUUGUAUAGCCCAUUGAAGUGCAGAAGCUUUUGUUCCAACUUUCGUUUUGUAACUUGUGGCGUUCUGUUUUAUUUUUCUCCGACCAAAAGAGAGAUUGGGGGAGAACCGUAAUUUACCGGUGACCGUUUUCAAGGGAAAGGGAAAACAAGCGGAUUUUAUGCUGAAGAAAAGCAGAAACUCCCCAGGAGAAAUGAGAGUGUGAUUUUGACCUUCGUGUAUGUUGAGCAAUACUUUUAAGGCAUUUCUUAACCUCUUAAACGUUACAAAUAAGUGUAAGAAGAACAUUGGAAAGUGUACUGGUUUUGUAAAGGGUCAUAGUUUCUGAUAAUUCACCAAAAACUUUGAAAGACAUUAUGGCGAAGAAGUACGACUUCCUUUUCAAAUUAUUACUCAUCGGAGAUAGUGGAGUGGGGAAAACAUGUCUGAUUAUUCGAUUUGCUGAGGACAACUUCAACUCAACCUACAUAUCAACUAUCGGCAUCGACUUUAAAGUAAAGACGAUAGACGUGGAGGGAAAGAAAGUCAAACUGCAAGUCUGGGACACAGCAGGGCAGGAGAGGUUUAAGACCAUCACUACAGCCUACUACAGAGGAGCUAUGGGCAUCAUCCUGGUGUAUGACAUCACAGACGAGAAGUCCUACGAGAACAUUCAGAACUGGAUGAAGAGCAUCAAGGAGAAUGCAUCAGCGGGGGUCAGCCGGAUGUUGCUAGCUAACAAGUGUGACAUUGAGGCCAAGAGGAAGGUAUCCAAGGAAACGGGGGAAAAGCUGGCAAAGGAUCAUGGGAUCAGAUUCUUUGAGACCAGUGCGAAGGCCAGCAUCAAUGUUGAUGAGUCUUUUAUGGCUUUGGCUCGAGAUAUUCUACUGAAGUCCAGCAAGAAGCAGGGCCCCACAGGUCGCGAGGUCAAAAUCACCAACGCUGAGAAGAAAUCCUCCAAAUGUCUCCUACUGUAGAGGCAGAGCUGGCCUGUCCUGGCUGACUCUUUGUUGCCCGAGGGAACUAUCACAUAUAGGAACAAUAUUAUUGCAAAGGAAAGGGUUUCAAAGGCGCAAUCCACAAGUUCUCUGUCCCCUGUGGCAACAAGAUCAUUUUCAUAAACUAUUGACUUGAAAAAAUA